AUGUGGAACUCGUACGGGAUCAUGGUGUUCUUCGACCGCAGCCGCAGUGAGCCAUGGUCUCGCGGUAACUAUAAAAUGUCACGACUGAACGUGAGAAACCCCGAAGAAGUACCUUCCGGAAUCUUACCAGAGGACAUUCAACUAUGUUUGCUCGGAAUGUGGAAUGACAUCCGGUCACUCAAGAAAGAAUCGACGCUCAAUCGAGACAUGGCCAUGCUGAAAAAGGCCGAUCUAUCUCAGCAGCUUUAUCUCGCCCUAGAACAGCUGGAAACCAUCGUCGCCGAGUCACGAAAACCCCUGGUUGCAGGGGGGUACACGGCCACGAUUCUCAAAAGCUACCUCGGGUGCGAGCCCUCCCGCGGCCCAAAUUGGCGACAAGAAGUGACGAACCGACUGGACUUGUGCAUCUCAAACAUCAGGCCGCUUCUCCUCUUGCUCACGAUUCAUCUCCACGCGGACGUCCACACCCUGCGAGAGAUUUAUCUCUCCCCCGCACCUCUUCAAAUGGAGCCCACGCCCGCCUCGCAGACAUGGCAACAAAACGUGCUCAAAGUACAAGAAUGGGCGCUGUCUGCAGAUGGGAGAACAGCAGCCAUCGCGUCGUUGCAGACGUGGUUCGCGUACGAAUCAUCGCUGCUGAUCAACCCUGGCCAGUCGGCGCACGCCCUCGAUCCGAUUGUGUACCUGGCCCUGUCCGCGGCGGCCAUGGUCCUGUGGGCAUGGACCAUGAACGACGCCGAGGUCUGUGUCUGUCACCCCACGACGCCAAAGGCAGAAGUCACCAGCAGCAGUAUGCAUCUACAGCCUGACGUGCAGAACUGGAUUCGGGGCGGCGGAGGCGGCAUUUCUUUCCUGGGCCAACCAGUCUGCAAGUGUACCGUUGCUCAGCGCCUUUCUGCCUGGACCGAGGCGUUGGCGAAAGCCGGCAGGACGUGGGAAAGAGCUGGUGUGGACGCGAACAUGUUCCGUUGCUCGUGGCUGGGGACAUAG